AUGCUAGAAAUAUGCAUCACUCACCUUCUUGACGGAAGGCCAUCCAAAUCUCAGACGCAGCCGCAUACUCAUAGGUUCACCAAGAUCUCUGGGUUUACCUGGUUCGGUGUGCUAAAGGGCAGCCGUCUCUCCGCCAACAUAGCUUAUUCUUCGUCGCAUUCCUUAUUCCAAACCAAGUUCCCCGGGUGUAUGAUCAACGUAACUUGCCUCCGAAAAUUUUACUGGAAUAUUCAAGACAUAUAUUUCGAGCUACACAAGGAGAUAAAACCACCUUUCCAUUCCCUGACGGCUCAGCUCAUUUGGCGUGAGUUCUUCUACUGCAUGUCUGCCAACAACGAAGCUUAUAAUAAGAUGAAAGGGAAUCCCAUCUGCAUCGACAUCCCGUGGAAAAAGGAUGACGAGCAAUUGCAGGCGUGGACGGAGGGACGCACAGGUUAUCCUUUCAUUGACGCCUGCAUGAGGCAGCUUCGCAAGGAGGGAUGGAUCCACCAUGUGUGUAGGACGGCUGUUGCGUGUUUCUUGACUAGAGGAGACCUGUGGAUUAGCUGGGAGGAAGGACUGCAUGUGUUCCUCAAAUACCUCAUUGACGCAGAUUGGUCUGUCUGCGCUGGAAACUGGAUGUGGGUCAGCUCCUCCGCCUUUGAACGCCAGCUUGACUGCUCCACCUGCAUAUGCCCGGUGAACUAUGGGAAGAGAAUUGAACCAACAGGGGAUUAUAUCAGACGUUAUGUUCCUGAAUUAGCUUCACUGCCACAAGAUUACAUUUUUGAGCCCUGGCUUGCUCCAAAAUCCGUACAAGAAGCGUACAAGUGUAUCAUAGGCCGAGAUUAUCCUGAACGUAUAGUUUCUCAUGCAGAGGCAUCCAAGGCAAACAGGAGGAUGAUGGAGAGCAUUCGGGAGAAAAUGACUGUGAAGCCACCACACUGUUGUCCAUCCAAUGUUAAAGAGACGAGAGUAUUCCUGCGACUGCCUGAGGCUUGCUACCACAAUGUUCUCUAGUGGGAUUGGACACAGAUCUGUUACAGUAUAGGAGUGUUGUAACAUGAACAGGGGACUUUUUAACUGUCUGUAAUACCUUCCUAGAUAUACACCCCAGGAUAUGCUAAUGGUACGGUUUAUGUAAUAUGAGGCAUUUGGAGCAGGAUCGAGUAACUUGUUAACACAGCGACAAUUUUGAAUGCUUUUAUUUUUCCCUUUUGAGUUUUCAUGUUUUUUAACUAGUGGUUCUGUUGUGUAACGUGUUUUUUUUAAUCAAAGUUCUCUCAUUGUUGGUUAUAAAUAGGAGGUAUGACACUUCUCUGCUUUUCAAGUGCUUGUAUCAUGCACUACAAGUCUCCUCUGUGCCCAUAGAUCUUCCAUUUUUUUCUCUUAGACUUUUCAUCCAUUUAUAGAUUAUCCUCAAAUCUCAUAUGUUCAUUUGCUGAUCACUGACUUGUGUUACUUGUAAAUACUUUCUUUCCCAUUUUACCAAUAGAUUGAGUUUCUGUCUAUUGAAUUCUUCUCCUUUCGUCCCUUAUCAGAUUCUUUUAUUGAGUUGGCCAGGUGACCACAACCCAUUUCCCAAUGCAAUGCUGAUGGGGAGACUAAGUCACAGUGUGGACUGAAUGCUGGAUUACUGUCACUAAGUGGUUGUUUGUAAGGUCACGCACUGCAAGGUCAGUGAUUCCAGUCAUUGUUUAUCAUGUAUAAGUGUUCUUUUGGUCUGCUUUUGGAGGGAUGAAGUUUCCAUAUGCAGAACUCUUCUAGACCGCCAAGUAAGCCUUGAGAGUUAACAGCAGGGUCAACUCUCGUGUUCUCUGCAAAGUGGUAAAUAAUGCCACUUGUGACUGUUGCUCAGAGUGAUUUAUAUAUCACUCCCUCCCCAAAGUAUUUCAUGUCCUAGGCUCAGAUUUUUUGUUAUUUUUGUAAAAUAGGAAUGAGGAGAGCUUUUGCAUACUAGAUUUUUAAUAGUGUGCAAUGUUUGAUUAAGAGCUUUAGUGCCUGCAGGUGGUCGGGCACUUACAAGUGGUUGAUUAAUAGGGGAUAAUCAAAUUUAAAACUGUACACAACAUUGGUUUGUAGAAAAAAGGUAAUAUAAUUGCACAUUAGGAAACACUACAGAUAACACCACAACCACCCACACUCCCAAUCCAUAUACCUACCCCCCCCCCCUUUCUUUCU